AUGCCUGCACUCGACAUUCGGGGUUGUUUGGAAGACUCACCCACGUUCCGAAGACGCAUCCAAUCUCACGAGGAUUCCAUCAACAACUUUGAGCAAUCACUGAAAACAGUUGUGAAACUGACCCGUGCCCAAGUAGAAUUAUCAAAUGUUUACAGUGAACAACAGAAAGAAUUAGCACGCGAAUACAUGUCUUUUGCACAGGCACAGGAUGAUCCUAUUGUUGCACAAGCUUUAGAAAAGUUUGGAAAGACGAUGUUUGAUGUGGAAAAGAAUCGGCAGAUGCUCAGUACACACAUCAUGGAAAGUUUUAUCACUCCAUUAGAUACCUUCAUGAAGAAUACAAUUGCACCUGUGAAAGAUCUUAAAAAAAAGUUUGAGAAAUCGAGCGAUGAUGUUGAUUCAGCACUAUCGAAAUAUAUGAGUAAAAAGCCAAAGGACCCAACGAUUCAUGAAUCUGCAAAAGAGCUGGCUGACAGCAGAAAGACAUUUUAUACGGCUUAUCUGGAAUACGUUUCAUGUCUAAACGAUUUGGAAGCGAAAAAGAAAGUGGAUUACAUGGAAAAUGUGAGCAAUUGA